GUCUCUCUCGGCCACCCGUAGCGCCACUCGUGGUAGAAGGAAGCGAACAUGGCGGCGGCGGACUCGGGAGAGAAAGACGCGGCGGAGAGUUUAAACCGCAGCCCAGAGCAGCGUUUGAGCCCAGGUGGGAUGCGGAGACCUGAGAGGAGCAGAAGCUCCAGCUCGUCAGAGAAAGGAGACCGUGAUGGAGAUCAGAGGAGGACUGAGGAGAGAGACGGUAGCCCUCCAGCAGAGAGAAGACCAGGUGGAGCCGAAGAAGCUGCUUCCAGAGAGGGAAGUCCAGAGAAAGAACCCAAACGAGCGUCCAGAUCCAGCCACGAGUCCAGCGACUCGGACAGCGACAGCAGUGAGGACGACAGCGAUGAGGGAGUUUCACGCAGGAUGAAGAGCAGCAUCGCUCAUAUCAGGCGCGGCUCCCAGGAUAACAGCGGCAGACCCAGACGAAGGAGUUCCUCCACAGACAGGGAUGGAAGUGGAAGAUCCCGGUCCCGCUCUCGCUCCAGAUCCAGAUCUCCACGGAAUCGCUCAGACAGAGGACGCAGGUCUCGGGAUCGGGAUCGGGAUCGAGAUCGUGCUGAGCGACGUUACAGUCGGGAGCGAGACCGACCUGAGCGCAGGUCCAGUCGAGAUCGGCUCCGGAGGGGCAGGUCAGCCUCCCCGCCAGAAGCAGAGAAGCCCCCCGGUGAGGAGCCUCCAGUGAAGAGGAAGAAAGAGGAGCUGGACCCUAUCCUGACCCGCACUGGAGGAGCCUACAUCCCCCCUGCCAAACUCCGCAUGAUGCAGGCUCAGAUCACUGACAAGAGCAGCCUGGCAUACCAGAGAAUGAGCUGGGAGGCCCUGAAGAAGUCGAUCAACGGUCUCAUCAACAAGGUGAACGUCUCCAACAUUGCCAACAUCAUCCAGGAGCUGCUGCAGGAGAACAUCGUGAGGGGCAGGGGUCUGCUAGCGAGGUCGGUCCUUCAGGCCCAGAGCGCCUCUCCCAUCUUCACACAUGUCUACGCCGCCGUGGUGGCCAUCAUCAACUCCAAGUUCCCUCAGAUCGGAGAACUCAUCCUGAAGAGGCUCAUACUCAACUUCCGCAAAGGCUACAGGAGGAACGACAAGCAACAGUGCCUCACUGCCUCCAAGUUUGUGGCCCAUCUCAUCAAUCAGAACGUGGCUCAUGAGGUUCUUUGCCUGGAGAUGCUGACUCUGCUGCUGGAGCGCCCCACUGACGACAGCGUGGAGGUGUCCAUCAGCUUUCUGAAGGAGUGCGGCCUCAAACUUACUGAGGUUUCACCCCGCGGCAUCAACGCCAUCUUCGAGCGACUGAGGAACAUCCUCCACGAGUCUGAGAUUGAUAAGCGCGUGCAGUACAUGAUCGAGGUGAUGUUUGCAAUCCGGAAGGACGGUUUUAAAGACCACCCCAUCGUCACUGAGGGUUUAGACCUGGUGGAGGAAGAAGACCAGUUCACUCACAUGCUCCCCCUAGAGGAUGAAUACAACCAGGAGGACAUACUGAAUGUCUUCAAGAUGGAUCCUGACUUCUUGGAGAAUGAAGAGAAGUACAAGUCAAUUAAAAAGGAGAUUCUGGAUGAAGGAAGCAGUGACUCUGGUGAAGAUGCCGAAGGCAGCGAGGAUGAGGAUGAGGACGAGGACGAUGAAGAUGGAGCUGGAGAAGCCGGAGAAGAACAAGAGAAAGUCACUAUUUUUGACAAGACGGAGGUGAACUUGGUCGCUUUUCGCCGCACCAUUUAUCUAGCCAUCCAGUCAAGCUUGGACUUUGAGGAAUGCGCCCACAAGCUGAUCAAAAUGGACUUUCCCGAGAGCCAGACGAAAGAGCUGUGCAACAUGAUCCUGGACUGCUGUGCCCAGCAGAGGACCUACGAGAAGUUCUUUGGCCUCCUGGCUGGGAGGUUUUGCCUGCUGAAGAAAGAGUACAUGGAGAGUUUCGAGGCGAUCUUCCAGGAGCAGUACGAAACCAUCCACAGGCUGGAGACCAACAAACUGCGCAACGUUGCUCGAAUGUUUGCUCACCUCUUAUACACCGACUCCGUCCCGUGGAGCGUCCUGGAAUGCAUGAAAAUGAGCGAGGAAGCGACGACGUCGUCCAGUCGUAUUUUCGUGAAGAUUCUUUUCCAGGAGCUGUGUGCCUACAUGGGACUGCCCAAACUCAAUGAGCGUCUGAAAGACAUGACCUUGCAGCCUUUCUUCGAGGGCCUUUUUCCUCGUGACAACCCGAGAAACACGAGAUUUGCCAUCAAUUUCUUCACUUCGAUUGGCCUCGGUGGUCUGACGGAUGAACUGAGAGAACACUUGAAAAAUGCCCCUAAGAUGAUCAUGACCCAGAAGCAGGAUGUGGAGUCAUCUGACUCUUCCUCAUCCUCCUCGUCCUCGGACUCCUCUUCUGACAGCGACAGCUCAGACAGUGAGAGUGACUCGGACUCCUCCAGCAACUCUGACGGUUCCUCCAGCAGCUCCAGUUCAGGUUCUGACUCGGACACAAAGCGUAAAAAAGCAUCCCAGCGAGGAAAGAAAGAUCAGAAUAGCUCCAAACAUAAGUCUCCUGUGAAGGAGCAGUCCAACAGGAGACAGGAGAACCGGAGACGGGCCAGAAGCAGCAGUGAGGAGCAUGGAGGCCCUGACGAUCGUCACAGAGACAUGCAGUACCGUAGAAGAGAAGACAAGUCACCCCUGGAACGAGAACGAAUAAGAAAAGACUCUCCAAAUGCACGAGAAUGGCCUCGGAGGGAUUCACCCGAUCCAAGAGAACGUACUCGGAGGGAUUCGCCCAAUCCAAAAGAACGUACUUGGAGGGAUUCACCCAAUCCAAAAGAACGUGCUCGGAGGGAUUCGCCCAAUCCAAGAGAACGUGCUCGGAGGGAUUCGCCCAAUCCAAGAGAACGUGCUUGGAGGGAUUCGCCCAAUCCAAGAGAACGUGCUCGGAGGGAUUCGCCCAAUCCAAGAGAACGUGCUCGGAGGAAUUCGCCCAAUCCAAGAGAACGUGCUCAGAGGGAUUCGCCCAAUCCAAGAGAACGUGCUCGGAGGGAUUCGCCCAAUCCAAGAGAACGUGCCAGAAACGAUUCACCUAAUGCACGAGAACGCAUAAGAAAAGACUCACCCAAUCUAAGAGAACGUGGUCGAAAUAAUUCACCCAAUCCAAGGGAACGUGGUAGAAGUGAUUCGCCCAGGGCACGAGAACGUACUGGAAAAGAUUCACCUAAUUCACGAGAUCGUGCUAGAAAAAACGUGUCCACUCAGAGAGAACGUAAUAGAAGUGACUCGCCCAGUCCAAGAGAACGUACUAGAAAAGAUUCGCCUAAUCCACGAGAACGUGCUAGAAAAGAUUCUCCCAAUCCAAGAGAACGUACUAGAAAAGAUUCGCCUAAUCCACGAGAACGUGCUAGAAAAGAUUCUCCCAAUCCAAGAGAACGUACUAGAAAAGAUUCUCCCAAUCCAAGAGAACGUGCUAGAAGUGAUUCACCACGAAGUCCACGAAAACGUACUAGAAGCAGUUCACCCAGCCCACAACAACGUACUAGCAAAGAUUCAGUUAAUCAAAGAGAACGCGCUAGAAAAGAUUCGCUCAGUCCACGUGAACGUACUAGGAAGAAUUCACCCAGUCCACGCGGACGUUCUAGAAAAGAUUCGCUCAGUCCACGUGAACGUACUAGAAAAAAUUCACCCAGUCCACGCGGACGUUCCAGAAGAGAUUCACCUCGUUCUCGAGAACGUGCCAGAAAUGAUUCUCCCAGUCAAGGAGAACGAAGUGAAAGCGACUCGCCAAGUCCAAAAGAACAUACCAGAAAAGAUUCUCCACGAGAACGGCGAGGUUACAAGGACCAGCAGAACCGAAGGCUUGAAGCUGAAGACUCCAGGAAAUACAGCGUGAAGGAUGGCAGCAAAAACAUCUCCCAGGCAGAGCGGGACGGGGAGCGAAGGCGCCGGAGCAGAGAGAGGUCAAAGUCGCGAGAGAGGAGCUGCAAGGAGACGGACUCCAGAGACUCGUACAGGAACGGGGUGGAGAGGGAGGACAAGGAGAACAGGUACAGGGAGUCCAGGAGGAGAGAGGAGAGCUCGCCCAGGAGACGCAGAUAAUAGCCUGCAGGAGGACAGGAACGGUAUCAUACUCGUCUUCACUGUGGCUCUGAGAAAUCUGCUGGCUUCUGCCCGCUCUAGUUCUGCUGUACAUUACGAUGCAAGCCCCGAUGAGGUGCUUUGAGGGGGUGUGGCCUAAAAGCUCCGUGUUAACGUGCUGUGCUGAUGUUCGUGUCGUACGCUGAAGAGACUUCUGGGCGGUUUUAGAUUUACGUUGAACUGUAGGAAAUCCUGAAUUUUUGUAUCUUUGGGGAUCAUUUUGUAUUCUGCGGUUCUCAAACAUGUUUGUUUUUUCUGUCUUUAUAAAAUAAUUAAAACAAUUGAUUAUUAAACAAAGACCCUUUAAAUUGGAA